ACCUUUCUUAAACAGAGAGGAUCCAACUGGGAGACACAACAACAUAGUCAGUUUUUCUGUUCUCUCUCUCUCAUCACUUUCUCUCUCUUCUUUUUCUUUAUUCUCAGUCUUCUCGUCUCUUCCACAGAUCUUGAACUUUAACCUCUUUCUCUUAUAAACACCAUAAUCCUCACCUACAUUUUUCAAGCAAGAAAAAAAAAUGGGUUUCUCUUUGUUAUCAAAACCAAAAUCACCUUGUAUAAUUUUGUUCUUGUUUCUACUCUCUUGCACUUGUUUCACUUCAACAGGUGCUUAUGAUCCACUUGACCCAAAUGGGAAUAUCACAAUCAAAUGGGAUAUUAUAACUUGGACACCAGAUGGUUAUGUUGCCGUUGUUACGAUGAACAACUUCCAACAAUAUCGUCACAUUGCCGCACCUGGCUGGUCACUAGGAUGGACAUGGGCCAAAAAGGAGGUAAUCUGGGCCAUGGUGGGAUCGCAAACCACCGAACAAGGCGAUUGUUCGAAAUUCAAAGGAAAUGUACCACAUUGCUGUAAAAAGGAUCCAACCGUUGUCGAUCUACUUCCCGGAACACCUUACAAUCAGCAAAUUGCGAAUUGCUGCAAAGGCGGGGUGCUUAGUUCAUAUGCUCAGGAUCCUACCAACGCAGUCGCGUCGUUUCAAGUGAGUGUCGGUAGAGCUGGAACCACAAAUAAAACCGUUAAAGUCCCAAAAAACUUCACUCUAAAAGCACCCGGACCGGGUUAUACUUGCGGGCCGGCGAAAAUUGUUAGACCUACUCAGUUUAUUCAACCCGACAAAAGAAGAACGACACAAGCACUCAUGACAUGGAAUGUUACAUGCACAUAUUCACAAUUUCUCGCUCAGAAAACUCCCACUUGCUGCGUAUCCCUCUCGUCUUUCUAUAACGAAACCAUCGUACCGUGCCCAACAUGUGCGUGUGGCUGCCAGACUAACGCGUCUCAGUCGGGGAGUUGCGUAAAUCCAAAUACGCCGCAUUUGGCGUCGGUUGUUUCUGGUAACGGAAAGAAUAGUUUAUCGCCUUUGGUUCAAUGUACUAGACAUAUGUGUCCGAUCCGAAUCCACUGGCAUGUUAAAGUUAACUACAAGGAAUACUGGCGCGUGAAAGUUACGAUUACGAAUUUUAAUUACCGUAUGAAUUAUUCCGAUUGGAACUUGGUUGUUCAGCAUCCGAACUUCGAAAAUAUUACUCAGUUGUUUAGCUUCAACUACAAGUCAUUAAAUCCUUAUGGUUCAAUAAAUGAUACAGCAAUGCUUUGGGGAGUUAAGUUCUAUAACGAUUUUCUUAAUCACGCCGGCCCUAGUGGCAAUGUUCAAUCGGAGUUACUCUUCCGAAAGGAUAAAUCAACGUUCACUUUCGACAAGGGUUGGGCGUUCCCUCGCAGAAUCUACUUCAACGGCGACAACUGUGUGAUGCCACCGCCCGAUGCUUAUCCAUGGCUACCUAAUGCUGGUUCUCGGCAAGAGGUUUCGUUGUUCGCUUUAUCAAUAACCUCCUUAGUAGUCUUUGUAUUCUAUGCAUACGCCUAAGAUUCAAACCUCUUGUUGUAUCAUUGCAAUAGAAAAUUUUCGAUCAAACCGAUUUCUGUGAUGCAAUGUUACAUGUAUCCUCAUUGUAAUUAUAACAAAUGUAUACAGCAACAUUACAUGAAAAUAUAAACUUGAUGAAUCUUGUGUGGAUUUGAAAUGCUAAUGGCCUUUCUAAUUGGAAUCA